AGGUACAUGUCGUUUUGUCUUCUCGUGAAGGUGUAGCGGCAAAUUUCAGGCGUUGUUUGAGCUGGAAUUUAGAAGGAAACCUUCUAGGAGUCCAAUAUUUUUAUAACGUUCAAAGAUAAAUACUACAUUUUCAACAUCAUUUAUAAAGAGGCCUGGCUCACGUUAAAUAAAUUUAAUUUUUAUAGACAUCAUCCACGGCCUAACUUCGACGCAGGGAUGCGAGAAGAGGACCUGGACAGACAAACUUUCGUUGUUUCUAGUGGUAACUACGUAUGAUAAGCGCAAUGUAAAGCAGAAUUCGAAGAAAAAAGAGUUGAAUUGGUUUAAAAGGAAAAUGGCAAAUCAAGGAAAGCGUGUCUGGAAGCUGCAGGAGAAUGUUGCUCAUAGUUCACAAGUUACAUGCUUGGCACUUGGUCCAUCCUCUGGAAGGGUCAUUGUUACUGGUGGCGAAGACAGGAAAGUCAACAUGUGGGCAGUUGGAAAGCCUAAUGUAAUAAUGAGCCUAUCUGGCCACACAGCACCCGUGGAAAGUGUACAAUUUAACAAUAGUGAAGAACUUGUUCUUGCUGGCUCCCAGUCAGGGACACUAAAAAUAUGGGACUUAGAAGCUGCUAAAAUUGUUCGAACCUUAACUGGUCACAAAUCAUCAAUAAAGUGCCUGGACUUUCACCCAUAUGGAGAUUUUGUUGCUUCAGGAUCGUCUGACACAAACCUUAAGCUUUGGGAUGUAAAAAGGAAAGGCUGUAUUUUCACAUAUAAGGGUCAUACUGAUUCAGUUAAUCAUUUGCGAUUCAGUCCAGAUGGCAGAUGGAUUAUUUCUGCGGGACAAGACGGCGUCGCAAAACUUUGGGACCUAACUGCUGGCAAAAUUCUCAAUGAUUUUAAAGAUCAUACAAGUGCUGUCAACAAAAUUGAAUUUCAUCCUAAAGAGUUUCUUCUAGCAACUGCCAGUGCUGAUCGCACUGUCAAAUUUUGGGAUCUUGAGACGUUCGACUUAAUCUCAACCACCGAGCUCGAGCAGUCUUCCGUGAGGGCUAUCUCUUUCCAUCCAGAGGGUCACUGCUUGUUUAGCGGCUCGCAAGAUUCGCUGAGGGUGUAUGGAUGGGAGCCAAAAGUAUGUUAUGAUUCAUUUUCUCUUGGCUGGGGAAAAGUAAGCGACAUGGUGUUUUCAUCAAAUCAAAUGAUCGGAGCAUCCUUUGCACAAACUAAUAUGUCUGUUUGGGUUAUCGAUUUAGCGCAUCUUCCGGAGUCAAUUUCGGAUGCUGAUAAAAGGGAACAGACUUUGAAGAAGGAAAAGGGACCAGAAGAAGCAGUCAAUCCUGCAGGAGGAGGAAAUGCUCCUGUACCCAAUGCUUCACGUAAACAAAGCCCUCAAAGGAAAUCUUUUAAUACAAGACCAAGGACGACGUCAUCAAAACCAAAACCCACUGUAAAAGAAGAAACGCCUGCGGCAGUUGUGGAGGAUGACGACCAGCCUGUGACAUAUGACAAAGCUUUCAAGCCAUCGGCAGUGUUACGAAGAUCGCCAUCAAGUGAAAGACGUCUUAUCGAGCCGUUUAAAGCCCCGGAUGAACAGAUCAAAAGUGCCGAUCCUGUUGUUUCAGAGUCUCGAAAGGACGACAAUGAAAAAGGGAAGCCCGAGAGUAGAGGCAAAAUAUCCCCUGAAGGAGAAAAAGGCAAAGAACAGCCUCCCAAUGUUGAAGUAGCCUCGCAUGAGCCUGCUCCUCAGCCUCAAAUCCAAAAUGUAGUUGCAGCAAAGGUCGAAACCAAAGAAUCGAGGGCGCCCUCAAGACAGCCGCCCUCACCGGAUCCAACACCUCAAGCUCCUAGCAACCCGCAAUGGCGAGAAAAGGCUAACAUUGACCCUCGACCAGUGCAUCCUUCCUCAGCUCAGCCGCCCUUUCAACAGAACAGUGAAAAGGCUAGGCCUGAAAGUGAGGUCGCAGGAGUGAACUUAAAUGACUUUAUGCCGGUUAUUUCAAAGAUAGGACAGGAUGUACGGAAUGAUCCACCGUCUCACCACAUAAGCGAUGAAGCUGCGAUGGGCCUGCUCAGAAAAAGUCACCAGUCUAUUUGCACGAUAAUGACCUCUCGACUAAAGAACUUAUCAAUUAUCGGUCAGAUGUGGACAGAUGGAGAAAUUAAGUCAGCUGUUCAGACUGCUGCAUCCAUGCCUGACCAAGCCAUUCUUAUCGAUCUAUUGAAUGUUUUAGUUUUGAAACAGACACUUUGGAAUCUUGAUAUAUGUGUGGUGGUGCUGCCUCAAGUGAAAGAGAUGCUUAGCAGCAAAUAUGAAAGCUACGUAGAGACUGGAUGCAGCGUCAUCAGGCUUGUGUUAAAAAGUUUUGCGCCAGUCAUAAAAAGCAACAUGGCCGCCCCACCUGUUUCAGUGGGAUGCGAUAUCGUUAGAGAGGAAAGGUAUCAAAAAUGUAGAAGAUGUCACUCAUACUUAAUGGACAUAAAAGAACUUGCAAACAGACUUUCGCACAAUCACGGCAAACAUGGUGCAAUGAAUAAACAGAUAUCGCUAGCUUUAAAUGCCAUAGACUGAACUGUUUGUCAUUAAAGCAGCAAUUUCAUUGUCUAAAAUGUGACAUUAUCUAUCUAAGCUUUUAAGCUAGAUUGUGUUUCUCCUCCAGGAAUAUGACAACAAGUGAGGAAAUUUAGCUUUUUUACUGUGAUUCAAAGUAUUCCGUCGAAUCUCAUGGAUUGGGUACUACCGUCAACGUGUUCAAUUGGAUUUCAUGUUUGUAUUUUAGUAAAGCUUUGAUGCACUCUUAUUAGGUCCCGUUUGCAAGUAGCACUCGGCUGGUGAUUCAUAGUUGCACUUUUUAGAUCAUUAGUAAUCAGCCAUAGUUGAUUGUGGAUAACAUAGUACACGAGAAUAA